UAUAUUUUGUGAAUUUUAAUAAUAACCUCGAACAAUUUAUAACAAUUAUUUAUAUUUAUAUAUUUUGGUGAAUUACUUACUAAAUUUCAUUAUAAUUAACCAAUUAAAUUAAUUUAAUAAUAUGUUUUUAAAAUUUUAAUUUAUUAAUAAAUAAUUUAAUGUUUUUUUUAAAAAAACAUUUUAAAUAAUUCGUUUAAAAAAUGUGUGAGCGUUUAAAGUUUUGUUGCAAAAAUGGUCAAGUGAAAAAGGCCGAGACAGUAUGAGCAGGCAUACAAAAAUUACCAUAUAAAUUUUUUAAAUUUUCAUCUCACGUGAUUAAAAAUGAUGGCAUUUGACAUAUUGGACCGUCCAGGUGGAACAAUUAUUGAUAAAUUAGAGGAAAUAAGUAUAAAUGUUGAAAAAAGUCAUCUUGCGUAUUUACAAACAGACGAGAGUGAAAAAAAAAUUGAACUGAGACGGAAACUCGAAGGAUUCAUCAAAGAAUAUUUACACCUGGUGCCACAUGAAAAAAAAUACGUAUUCCAGCAGACAGCCCACAUUCUCCAUCAAUCAGCAGCGACACUUCCGGAUUUUAGCGGGUAUCGCGCGUGUUCUGCGUGGAUCGCAAUUUCGCUUUACGCGGCAAAUUUGCUGGCGCAACCCUGGAGGAAAGAGUAUCGGACCCUGAGAACUUACAGCGGUUUUUAUAAGCAUGAGAUAGAGACCAAUUUGAUUGGAGCUGAGCUGAUGUUCGAGCUGAUGGGUUAUAAGCACACUGGAGUGCACGAGCGAGGGGUGAUGGCACUAGAGGGCCCGAUAGAUCCCGACCGGGUUUCGUAUGUCAGCCGGGAUGCCAUCGUCGCGUUCGUCGAGUGUCAAAUAAUAAAACAGAUAUGGGAAAAUGUCUCACAGUCAUUCACGGUCUCCUGGCUGGAAGUCCUGGAGUUUAGAGAAAAACACGUGGGUACUCCAGAAAACGCCAUCCGCGCGUUGAAUCACAGGUUCUGGGAACGCGUUCAGCAAAGACGUAAACUUGUUAAUUAUGAUUUGCAUUACGCGCAGCCGGCAAUUAUAAAUAAUCCAAUCAGUAGUGCGCAGUAUCCAUUAAGUAAUUAUAGAACUGAUGGAGUUGUUGGAAUGCCUGGAGCACCUGGACCUGGACCAAUACUGACGAUGCCCAGAGUUCCUGUGGUACCAAUCACUGGAGCGACUGGUUACGUUCCUGGAAUCAUUUGCCCUGAUAAUUAUCAACGAUACGAAGACUUGAGGUACUUUGAAUCAGACCCGCUGAUAAGUAAUCAUUUCAAUCAACUUUAUGGUGUCCCUCCAUCAGCAUAUCCGCGAGCUGCGCCGCUAAUUGAACUCGACGGCAUGAAUUAUGACAAACGCACUCACCGUCGCAGCAAAUCAUCAGCUACCAAAGUACCUCAGCUAGAACAAGUUGAUAAUUCUGAUCGGAAUAAAUCAUCGGCCAUAAAAACAUCAAUGAGUCUCGACUCAGCAACGGCAGCAGACUCCUGGGAUUUUGUAUACCGCAGUCUUGAUGAUCUUGGGUACUCUAAAGAUGUUGCUGAGCGUGGAGACGUUCUGCGCAAGCACACCACCAGGAGGACAAAUUCCAAGAUAAUUGACAAUCAAUUUGCUGACAAAUAUGAGGACUCGCGUCGUCGCCAUGGCAACACGAUAAUUAAAAAUUCUAAAAUAAACGGCAACGGCAAUUUACGUUACGACAAAACCCAACUUAUUGAUUUAAAUCCUGGGUAUAAUUACGACAGUGAAGGAAGUGAUGUAAUGAGUAAUGACAUUAAAUUGAAAGACACCAAGACAAGUCAAAUUAAAAAUAAGAGAAUUAUUGAUAUGGUUAAAAAUAUGUCUAUCAAACCUAUUGAUAAUCAUGAUGACUACGUUGAUCUUCAUCAUUUUAAUAACGAGUAUGAGCAUCAGCGGGAGCAAGAGUGCGAUCUUGAGCAUGACCGUCAUAAAAUAAUAAGGGAGAAGUGUCCGGAUAAGUGGAACUGCAUGACAUGUACAUUUUUGAACCCAGGAAACCGGGAAAUUUGUGAAAUGUGUGGUAAAUCCAGGCGAAAAGGUAACGAAGACAAACCUCUGGCCAGUGGAGGCAAAGAAUGUCCGGUCUGUACGCUUGUUAAUGAAAAAGAAGCUAAAGCUUGCGAAGUAUGUCAUGCUAAUUUGAAAGACUCGCCUACUUAUAUUUAAUUACUAUAAUUAAUUUUAGCGCACUAAUUUAUUUAUUUGUUUUUUUUUUUUUAUUGAUACUGAAUGAUGUUGGAAGAAAAAUUGUGUUUUUAGUCCAGUCGAAAUACGGAAGUAGGGAUUUUAAAAAGUUGGUGCACCCCCCCCCCCCCGUAUAAAAAUCAUUACCCCAAGGGUUGAUGAGAAAAAAUAUAAACAGCCCCAAAAAACAGAUUUAAUUGGCAAAUAUUUUAUGAAAAAAAAAAUGUAUACGACUUUCUUCCCUCUAAACAGGACAAGAAUUUAAACUGGGGGUAUAUAUUUAUUUUCUCAUCAACCCCUGUAUUUUUAUGGCUUACAGGAGAGACCUUCAAUAAAAUUUGCACCAACUUUCUAGAAUCUCCUAUUUCGAAAUUUCGACUGAAUUAUUUUUAAAAAAUUGAUAUUAUCUGGCCUUAUUAAAAAUUGUUGAAAGUUUAUUAGAGAAUAUGAAUGAAUGAAUUUGUAAAAUAUUGAAUAUAUAUCUAUGCUUUUAUGUUAUUUAAAUUUAAUUCAAUAAACAUGUUGAAUUGUUA